AUGAAGCCUUCUCUUAAUAAAUCCCUUGCUUCAUACAAGAGGACGCCUAAAAUUGGCAGAGGAGAUAAAACCGGUAAUAGGAAGAAGAAUCCAAAUUUCUUAGGAGCAUUGGUCACCCCAGGAGGGAUGAAGAGGCUGACAAAGACACCCAUUAAGAAAACUUCAAUUAAAGUUAUUUAAAAGUAUGAGGGACAACAAGUAUAAACCUUUCAGAAUUAGAAUCUGGAAGGUUUCUGACAAGCAUAAUCUUCAACCUCCCUCCGAUUAUCAAUAUAUGAACCCUGUGAGCUAUGGAAGGGCAGUCACAGACGCUGAUUCAUCAUUUUCGUACAGCAGUUCUGAGAAUUGGUACAAGAAAAGGAGCAAAUAUAGCAAAAGUAGUAAUAGAAGUAGUGCUAGAGGCAAUUCAGCCCAGCAAGAGAAAUCUGAUGACAACUUUAUUAAUGAAUUACUUUGUAAAAAUGAAGAUGUUGAGAACCGAAGCAGCAAUGUCAGCAGUGAAGGUCAAAAUUCAUUAGCAUUCUGGGGAAAUAAACGAAUUGAACAAUCUUUAUCCAAAUUCUCCUCCCAUCUACAACUUCCCUCGAAUGUGGAAGAGGUACCUGAACCCAACAGUUUGGUUAGUUUUGAACCAGAAGAUGUAGUACUUGGUGGCAGAGGAAGCGACCAACUCCACAAGCAAAAGGGUAAAAAGACUGACCCUGAAGAUGAAGAUUUCGUAGAAGAAAUAAUCGAAGAUGAAGACGACAAUAAAUCCAUUGAAGUCGUAGACGAAGUUGAGGAAGAAGAUGAUGUUGUUGAUGAAGUCGGAGAAGUCGAAGUCCCCACAAUGGGAGAAACCGGCCAUAAAUUCAAUGAAAUAAUCCUCUCUGAUGAUGAGUUUGACAGUGUGGUUAUUGAUCCUAAGAAGGAAAAGUCUAUGCCACCUAAGGCCUCAUUGUUUCAAGAUAAGGCUGCUAAAUUUACAAGUUCAUAUGAAUAUAAGAAUAAAACAGUUGCCCAAAGCAAGAGGAAAACUAUGAAAGAGACCAUCGAAGAUGAUGAGAUCAAGGAAGAAAUCAAUGUGGAAGAUGACUCAGAAGAUGAAGCCCCAGCAACUAAGCUGAGGAAGAAAUUUUUAGAUAGGAUCGCCAAUAAUAGAACAAUUGGCAAAGGAAGGUCCAAUACCAUGAUGAAGUUGAAAGGAAGCUCCCCGCUAAGACAGUUCUUGGACAGUAAAGGUAAGCAUAAAGUUUUCGAGCAUCUCUGAUUGUUUAUAGGAGAUUCAAAGACAAGACUCAGAAAGGAUAACUUAAUUAAGCCUCCAAAGCACAGACUGAGCAAGAAUACAAGAAUGAUUGAAUUAGAAUGAGAUGAAAUUGACGAUGACUCUUCAGAAUCUUCUUCAUCAUCUCUUGAGCGGUCAAAUUACAAAAAUAAAGCAAAGAAUUAACUAAUUUAGCUGAAAUUAAAGACUAGGAAAUUUCGGAAUUAUGAAGAU